AUGGCCUCGGUCGCUCAGGCAGCGGCGGUUGUUCGCCAGACUGAAGGGUUUGCCCCGGGUGCUGAUGGGAAAUAUACCAUUUCCGCUCCUGGGAUCAAGGCUCAGUUCAUCCCCUACGGCGCCACGCUCACCAACCUCUUUGUUAGAGACAAGAACGGCGAUGAUAUUGAUGUUGUGUUGGGAUACGACGACAUUGACUACUACCCCGUCGACCCAGGCCAUCCCGUCUACAACGCCAUCCCGGGACGCUACGCCAACCGCAUCGGCAACGGGAAAUACUCCAUCGGCGGCGUCGAGUACACCACGCAGAAAAACGACGGCGACAACACCCUCCACAGCGGGACGAACAACUGGUCGUUCCGCUUCUGGGACGUGACUGCCCUGUCGGAGGACUCGAUCACUUUUUCGAUUUUGGACAAGUCCAACUCUUCCCAGGGGUUUUUCGGCGAUGUCAAGUCGAGCGUGACAUACAGCGUUACCGACAGCACGUGGAAAAUAAAGAUCACGGCUGAUUCGCUUGAUCAAAAGACUCCGAUCCUCCUGACUCAGCACACCUACUUCAACCUCGACGCCUACCGCAACCCGGCCACCUCCCUGAUCUGGGACCACACCCUCCACCUCCCCUACUCCUCCCGCUACCUCGAAGCCGACCAAGGCGCCCUCCCCACCGGCAAGAUCCUCACCGCCGCCCCGGGCUCCAUCAACGACUUCGCCUCCUCCGCCAACCUCAAGUUCGGCCACUCCCGCGAUGACCCCAAGUUCCAGGGCAACUGCGGCGCCAACGGCGCGUGCGAGGGGUACAACGGGUACUGGCUCAUCGAGGACGCCCCCGAGGACGCGGUCGUCCUGACGCUGGCGAGCGAGUUUAGUGGUGUCAAGGCGGAGCUGAGGACUGAUCAGCCCGGGGUGGUGAUUUAUUCUUGCUCGUGGAUGGACGGGAGCGCGGACGUGAAGAAGAGCACCCAGGGGCUGGGGGAGAAGAACAACAAGGUUGUCAAGAGCAGCUGUGUCGCGAUUGAGGCGCAGGAUUAUCCUGAUGGGAUUAACAAGCCGGAGUGGGGACGUCUCGAGAAGCAGAUCUUUGGGCCGGGGGAGCGGUAUGUUCAGGAGACUUCUUGGACUUUUGGACUGGUUUAA